GGGGUCUCAAAAUCCGUGUGGGAGAUGCUGCGAUAAUCCCUCAGUCAUAAUUUUUGAAAACCCAAGACCUCUCUACAUUCGAUGAGCAAGUUCGGAGGCGGCAGUAGUGGCGGUGGCGGCGGCGGCGGCGGCGGCGGUGCUGGGAACAACAAGCGAGUGAGCAAUCUGCUGUUUUCGAGCGAGACGCCGACCUUCCUGCGCAAGAUGCAGGAGCAGUUGACUGCGAGCGAUGAGCAGGCCCGGAUGGAACGCCUCAAGGCCAAGUAUCCCGACCGGAUAUUCAAGGCAGGGGCGAACGGUGAAGACGACGACGAGGUCGAUGACAUUGACCUGCCCAACGCCGAGGACCGCCCGACAGUGGUCGUUCUGCGCACAGGAGAUCUCACAAUGGCACAAGCCGAUGUCGCACGGGGCAAGCGACCCGCGUCGGACGCAGAUCAGGAGCAGCAGCCCGGCGAGGUUGAGAGCGAGCAUGAUUCAGAAGACGACAAGCCUGCGGAAGCAGAGCCUGGUAAGAUUGCCUUUCGAUCACGGAAAAAGCCGCGCGUGGACGAUGGCAGUGCGAGCGGUACAGCGUCAAGCAAGUUAUCGACAAACAGCUCUACUGCGGCGGCGGCGGCAACCUCCAAGCCAACUGGUGCCAAACUCAAGCAACUACAAAAUACAAAGUUGCUUUCGUUUGAUGAUGAAGAUGGAUGAGCGGCUGCAGCUUGCCGAAUGUUCACCUUGAAUGUAACAAAAUCGAAACCAAUCAAUCUGCU